UUACUGUAGUCACCUGAGCCUCCUCCAGUGACACCGCCAGUCUGUGAGCCGUCGGCCCGACUCUGUGGAUCAGUGUGUGUGAGAGAGAAGAGUGUGUGAGCGCGGGAUGAACAUGGAUGAUUUCGACAUGCUGAGCGCGGGGAACGGUGUGGCCGCUGAGCAGCACCAGGAGGACGAGGACCCCGCGGCGGCGUUCCUCGCCCAGCAGGAGAGUGAGAUCGCGGGCAUCGAGAACGAGGAGGGCUUCAGCAUCCUGGACGGAGGAGAGCUUCCACCGGGCCUCAGCGACAUCAACGGUGGAGUGCUGAAUGGAGAUCUACAUGAGACUAACGGCCCCUCCGACCUGUACGCUGCCAUCUCCAGCGUGGACCGCAUGCAGGCGGAGCCUGAGAGCCUGCGCAAGUGGAGGGAGGAGCAAUGUGACCGGCUGGAGGAGCUGGAUGAGAACUCCCGUAAACAGGAAGUGGAGUGGAAGGAGAAGGCGAAGGAGGAACUGGAGGAGUGGCACGCUCGCCAGGAGGAACAACUCGCCAAGACUAAAGUCAACAACAGGGUUUUGGACGAGGAUUUCUACAAACAGCCCUUCGCUCACCUGAUCGGUUAUGUCACUCAUAUUAACCAUCCUUGCUACCGCCUAGACCAGGCAGCAGAGGAGGCGAUCCUCUCGGAGGCAGAUGACAGCAGUCCCGGGACGGAGUGGGAGCGCGUGGCACGACUCUGCGACUUCAAUCCCAAAUCCAGCAAACAGGCCAAAGACGUGUCCCGCAUGCGCUCGGUCCUCAUCUCACUCAAACAGAGCCCGCUCGUACGCUAGAACACACACACACUCACGCGGUUAGGGCCUGAGCCGCAUCACUUCCUGUCUGCACUCACAAGUGUUAAAUAUACACAUAUAUAUAUCAUGAUGAUCUAUAUAUAAAUAUAUAAAUAUAUAUAUAUAUAUAUAUAUAAAAAAUUUAAUAUCUCCCAGCAGCCCCGGGGUCAGAGCUCUUGCUCACUCUCUCUUUCUCUCUCUCCCUUACACACACACACACACACACACACACACACACACACACACACACACACUUUUAUCCAUAAACACAUCCAUGUAUAAUAAUUACAAUAUUCACGUUAGUGUUUGUUUCUUUAAAGGACCAAAUUCCAGCAUCAUGAUUUCUAUUUACAGCUGUGUGUGUUUGUGUGUGUGUGUGUGUGUGUGUGUUAUUCAAUCUAUGCAGGAAUGAUGUAUAACUGUGGUGUGUGUGUGUGGUGUAGUCGUGUUGAUUUAGUGUCAGGUGUUUGUGUGUGUGUGUAUACGAGUGUGUAGAUUAUAAAGACCGGACCAGUGUAUACUCUCACAGCUCGGUGUUCAGAGCCGCAGCUCGGUUCUCCUUGGUGUUGUUUUUGUCCAGAUUCUGAUUAAAACCCGGAUGAAACCCGA